AUGGCGGACGCUCCUCGAGUGACCUUUGUGCUGAAGAACCCCGCGAUGACACAGGAGGUGUCUGUCACCGUGCCAUUGGACGGAGACGUCGCGGGUUUGAAGGCAAGCAUCCGGGACGCCUACCCGGGCUCCCCUUCGACCUCCCAGCUAAUUAACGUGACCCCGGACUCUCCCCAGAUCCUGCACGUGGUGGUACAAGGCCAGGCCACUGACGGCACGGCCAGGACGAGUGCAGGCGCCUCAUCCUCUGCUCCCACGGCGUCCACAGCGCCUCGGGCUGCGGACGCAGUGCGCAUGCAGCAUGCUGGAGCGGCGGCGCCGUCUGCAGCCCGGCCCCCGCCUGGCACUGCAGCCCCCGCAGAGCCCGACCCCGAAUCGUCACGUAGACCCCGGCCGCAGACCGCCCAUCCCGCGAUCAAGGGGCUGGCCGAGGUGCUCCACCUGAAUGCGGCUGCCGUGGCCUCGGCCUCCAUGUCGGCGGCCUACGCUGCGGCCCUGGCGGUCCUGGGCCACCCGAUCCCGCAGCCUCUCGUGGAGGGAGGGGCAGGGCCUCCGGCCCCCGUGCACAUGCCACAGGCGCCGCAGCAAGUCCUGGCCCAGACCAUGCUGCGCAACAAUGCGGCUGGCCAUGUGCAGCACCCCAACAUUCAGGUGGGGACGCGGGGCUAG